ACACCGGUCYGGUGCCGGCAACUUGCAUACCGUACGGUAGUACCUUUUCUUCCGUUCUUGUCAUCCAACCUGCAAAACAACCGGGAGCACACAAUACCACUCGCACGUACCGUAGCAAAGCCAACCAUUGCCUMUUGCGUCGUCUUCCCCGGACGGUCUCGCCAAACAUCUCUCUCCACAAAGAACGCAGCACCUCGUUGCAUCGAAAGCGACAGCUACAGCCACAGCCACAUCCAGAACUGGCAACAACAGCAAGUAGGAGCCACCCUGCCACGCCCGCAAUGUCGUCCAUCGCAGUGCCUUUCGCGAGAGAAUCCCGCCAGAAAAGCGGCGUCGGGACUACGUCGGGCUUCGACGUCAAUGUCAACGACGAAGUCGACGAGAGCAGCAGCAGCAACAACAACAACAACAACAGCAACAACAACAACAACAACAACAACGUCAUUACCCCCCAGCAACCCAAGAAGAAAGGCACGAGCAAAAAUCAGCGCGCCAGGAUGGUGGCAAACGUCCACACGUCCCUCGAUCGCCGCCUCUCGGUCGAGAAGAACGUCGUCGACGAGCUCCUCUUGGUCUGCGGKGUAAUCGGAACCACCACGACGGACGGAAACGAUCUGGUCCCCGUCACGGACUGCCUCAACUGGUUGCAGGACCUGCAGCGCGCCCUGCGGCGGGACGACGACCUCUACCGGCCGAUCUCCCUGCUGCUGGGCAAGUGGAAGAUCGUGGAGCAGAAGCUCCUCCCGCUCGUKGUGACCUGCCGGUACGACACGCCGAUCGUGCUGACCGUCCUCAAGAUACUGGUCAUACUGACCAAGCCGCCGGCGGGGAACACRCUGCGGGCCGGCCAGAUGAUCAUCGACACCUCUUCCCCCAAGUCGGACCCGGCCGUCGUGGCGCAGCAGAUCAAGCUGCGGGAAAACGCCCUGGCGCAGGCCGAGCAGCGGAUGGAAUACAAGCGGAUCGUGGCCUUUCACCCCUCCCACCACCAAAACACCAAGAAGGGCAGGAACCAACGGAAAAAGGGAACCGGCCUGCUCUCCGUCUUUGUCUCGCUGCUGGCGGAACCCCUUUCGAGAUCGGGGGCCUCCCGGACCGACGCAGACCACCUGACGAUCGAGCUGGUGCUGCAUCUGAUUCGAAACCUGCUCUCGGCGCAACCCAUCCUGAACAGUGAGUCGAAAAAUCACCUUUGCGGGCUUUGCAACRCGCAACGAUGUCUUUUGGUGUGCAGUGCGGCACSCGCCUCGCAGAAACAAUGCCCGCCACGGCGUAUCCCGAUGCAAUGUCACUCCACUCACCCCGCUCAUUUUGUGUUUGCAAACGUAUAYCACCCCAGCGUCUCCCGAAACCUCCCGAGGGGCCGCCCAGCUCCACCAGGACAUGAUCACCCUCUUUGAGCGAGAACUCGUUCUGGACAUCCUGCUCGUGCUGGGCCAAGAGAUGGAACUGAGGGAGAACGCCCAAUACAACCUCCUCGUGAUGGAAAUCCUGCACCACAUGGUCAAGGCGCAGGAUCCGACCGCAGUGGCGCGGUCGGCCCAGCAUUCUUCCGCACGCGGGGAAGGGGCCACCGACCGAAACGCAUCGAAUCGCACCGCAAGCCACCGCAUCGCCGGACCGCCCGGGAGCAGCGGCGGAAGAUUCGGUGCGUCCUCGUCCUCCUCGUCCUCGGCCCUGGCCUCCCGGCUGAGGGAAGAAAAGGCCCAGCAACGGUCUCUCAAGUCGGUCCGCCACGGCCACUUUUCCGGAACCUGGAUGCGCAAGCAGGCGGGUGGGAACCGCCGGUUCGUCGGCGCUGCUACGGUGAUGCAGGGCCCUGCCUCGUCGCAGAGCCGGGGCAUAGCCCGGAGAACGAACAAGCUGGCCGAGCCUUUUAUAGGAUCGGGCAAGACGCUCCUGGCGCACACCCGGUCUCCUGGUGGGACCGCCGGUGGAACGUCGGCGAAGCGUGCCCACCGGACCCUCCACGCCUUUUGCAAGCGGUUCCUCGCCGACUGCUACGGUCCCUUUAUGAAGUCGAUCAAGAACGAGUUUCGCCGGGAUUCCCAGCGGCUCGAAGAGAAGGACAAGGUUGUCUUUUUCAAGCUGGUGUGGUUCUUCUCCCAGUGGUCCAGGGCAGCGUCCUCCUCUCGCCGAGAAAGCAACGAAGACAACAAGGAGGCCAUUGGUCGCCUGAUCAUUACGAUGGACGUCUUUACGUUUAACUUAGUACUGACUUCUACAGAAACCUUUUAUCAGCAAAAGAAGUACACACGACUGGCCCAAGCGGUGGCCUUAUAUGCCGAAAUGAUGCAUCUGUUGCACAGCAUGUACACCUCUCGAGACAAAACCGAACACGAAAUGGCCAUGGGUCUCAUCGAUCGCCUCUUUUAUCACGGUCAGGAUGCCCUAGACCAGCUUCCAAAGUUACUGAGCCGGUGGACACCGGGGACGUAUACCCGCGAGUACCUUUGUGACCUGGUCGAAACCGCCCACGUAUCUCUGAAACUACUGGAGACCAACACCAAGAAGGGAAUCGAGUUUCUCGAGAACAAGAGCGCCACGACCGAAACCGCCGACAAGGUAAAAACUUCCCAGAAAAUUGCCAAAAUGAGAAAAGAUGCCGCUGAAUUUGACGUGAAAUCCUAUUUCGUUCGCAAGAUUGUUUCCAACCAGCUGGUUUCGAUGUACGGAUAUUUGCUAGACCAGUACAAGGUGAAUGCUGCCGUUGUGAACCACCGCAUCAUCACUAUGUUCACGAGGGUGAUGCGCCUCGAAAUUGCUAUCCCCGACGUCGCAGAUGCCGAAACAUUCGUAAGUCCGCUCGGGACCCGUCGGGUGACACUGGAGCCAAUGCUGUACAACCUUCAACUUAUUCUUGUCAUGGAACGCAUCCUAAACGAUGCCUCGAUCCAAAAAGAYAAGGGGUUCGAGUCGGUGAUCACCUUUUGCACCGGUCUUAUGUACAAGUUCUUUUGUGCGGCGGAUCAAAAUUCGAUGCUUUAUGUAGAGUGCCUGUUUCAACAUGCUUCACCCCAUCGGUUCUGUGAAUCCGUGACCAAUUUUUACAUCAACGACGAGCUUCGAAUGAUGGCAGAGAGGCAGAGUCUUCGGGAAGAUCAGCUCAGAGAAGAAGCAGAUGACGGAGAAAACCGAGCGCUCCGUGGUGGUCCAGAGGACGGGGACGACGACGACGACGACGACGACGACGACGACGACGACGACGAAGCGGAGCACGAAUUUACCGGAGACACAGUUUCUCAGCUCCCAUCCGCCGAUGAGAAGGACGCAGGUGACAAAAAAGAAACUCUAGACGAAAGAAGAAUCGAAGGCAAUAAACGACUAGAAACUGAAGACGGCAUGAUUGAGGUUGAACUACCUGAGUCUUCAGKGGCAACGAAAAAGCGAGACAGAGAAUUUGAAGACGAUACCUCGGAUGACGAGGGGAUAUUUGCAUCUGCAGUAGAAACUAAAUCUACAACUAAGAGAAGAAAAAACGUGCUAGACGAUGAUAGCUCGGAUGACGAAAGCAAUGCAAACGAAAAUUGAUGGCAGAAAAUUAUGCUAAAUCCAAAGCCAAUGCUUGAGUAAUAGUAAUCCAAUACAUGCGAAUCCCAUCCUCAUUUGAGUGCUAGCUUCGACAUAYGUGUUGUGUUCGUUGCAAUUUGGUUGACCAACUCUGCAGUAGAACAUUCAAACAACUGCCACAGAGAAUAUGUGCGCAUUGAACUGUUUUCUCGUCUCAUCUUUCAGUUGCUCUGUCGGUAUUCUCGUUUUUCAGUUUUUCAUCAGAUCCAGAAUUUUCCUUGCUCGCUUAUAUUGUCUCCUCUUUUCGUGAUCAUUCAAUUUUUUCCACAUUGCCUCUUCGUAUUCGAGCUCUGCAUCCCCAGUAAAGACGACUGCCGCCC